AUGGGCAUGGGCAUGGACACAGACCCGCGCCGUUCGCCGCCGAGCGCCAAAGUUGGGGCCUAUGUUGUGUACGAGAUUGAGAUUGCGCUGCGUAGUGGCACCACGGUGCUGAUUAUGCGGCGGUAUACCGAGUUUCAUCUACGCCGAACAAUCCCCCCCUUGCCUGGCAAAAAUCACAUGCACAAGUUGUCGCCGGAAUUCCUCCAAGACCGCCGUCCUCGCUUACAGCGAUUCCUCCGCACUGUAGCUCUCCACCCCGAGAUGGGCCAGGGCGACGGAGCGUUCAGCCGUUGGGUCCUAGCUUCGGGAUCGACUCCCCGCACCCCGCACCCGGCCUGUUUAGGUUUCCUGCGUGUCUUCCUGCCUCUUCAGACUCCCGAGACCGCUCGCUUGACACGUCGACGCUACUCUCCACUGCUUGACUGCUAUCGCCCUAACCCGAACGCCGAUCCGAACAAGAUCACCAUAUCCCCCGUUCCUGGGCGCAAGCCGCAAGCUAGACACUCAGACACGUAG